UCAAAAAAUCUAAUUUCUUUUACAGGACCCAGAUGCUAUACAGUGGGAAAACCAGCCUGGCAACAUAGUGCGUAUUAAUAAAAGGACACCACAUCCUGCCAAAUUCCAGCUGCGCUAAUUGUAUUGUGUUCACAGAGCUCACAAGCUAUCAGAAAGUUGUAUGGCAACCACCUCCGGCGCCAAAUAGAACUGGCAGACAUAGACAUUCAGUACAAGAAGAAAAAGAUGGAAAAUCUUGCACUGGAUGUGAGCUCUUAUUGUGAGCACACAGGACGGUGGCAUCUUUCUAAGGUUUUUUUUAUUUUCCCAGCAAUCAGUACAACCAAGUCAUCGUUAUAAGGCAUCGCCCUCUUUUGCCCACCCCCCCAGCACCAGGUGUGGCCACUAGCCUAUAUGAAGGCCCAAAAUUGUGUGUUCCUUUCUGCUCUGACAAUGGCAUGCCCAUUCGUGCGAGAUGUGGUGGAUGAAGAAGCACUUGUGCUGAGGAGAGCCUUCAGGCGAGAAAGGGUCUUCAGGGACCGGUUGGACCCACUGGCCUUCCCUGAUGACCAUCUAUAUGAAAGAUACAGGUUUUCUGCAGAUGGCAUCAGGUAUCUAUGCAGACUACUGGGUCCCAGGAUUAAGCACCGCACUGCACGGAGCCAUGCACUGAGUGUGGAGCAAAUGGUUUGUGUGGCCUUGCGCUUUUUUGCUAGUGGAGCCUUCCUGUACUCAGUGGGGGAUGCAGAACAGCUGAACAAGGCCACAAUUUGCCGCACAAUAAGGAGUGUGUGUCUGGCUAUCAAAGCAUUAGCAGAUGUCUUCAUCUCCUUCCUGGCCACAGAAGACUCUGUGACAUCAAAGAGGAGUUCUAUAGGAUUGCAGAUGGUCUGCAAUGCUGACUGUGUGAUCAGCAAUGUUGUGGCAAAAUGGCCUGGCUCAGUCCAUGACUCCAGAAUCUUCGGGCCUCUGAAAUCUAUCAGUGCCUAUCACAAGGUGAAUUCUCUGGUGUGUUGCUGGGAGACAGGGGGUAUGGCUGCCAGCCUUUUCUCCUGACACCUUUCACAGACCCCCAGGAAGCACAGCAGGCCUACAACCAUGCCCAUGCCAGGACCAGGGCCAGAGUUGAAAUGACCUUUGGCCUCCUGAAGGCACGCUUUCACUGCCUUCACAAAUUAAGGGUCAGCCCUGUUAGGGCAUGUGAUAUUACUGUGGCUUGUGCUGUCCUCCACAAUGUGGCCUGCCUGAGGAAGGAGAGGGCCCCCAGAGUGCCACCAGCCAUGGACUGGGACAAUCCGGCAAUCUUCCCUGAUGACGACAGUGGUCGGCUGCUGAGGGACCAAUAUGUGUUGAAUUAUUUUAGUUAGUAUGUGUGCUUUCAAUUUUGGUUAAAUAUGUCCUGCGGUGGCAGAG